GAAAUGACUUCAGUUUUCUUUCACUUUAGCAGUUGUUUCUGGGUAAGUGGGGAACGAUGACCGCGUCUUCACUGGUUUUGAGGUUGGCAGGAGUUUCUGGGGCGCUUGCAGUCGCUGCAGGUGCAUAUGGAGCACACGGGUUCAGACAGAGUGACCGCGACGAUUACUUGAGAGAGCUUUAUGACACAGCUAACAAGUACCAUUUCUACCACAGUCUCGCACUAGUCGGAGCUUCCCGCUGCAGAAAACCUGCAUUGGCUGGCACCAUCCUGGUGGCAGGCAUGGGUUGUUUCUGUGGUGCCCUUUAUCACCAGGCGCUGACGGGUGACCCUGGCCUGAGUAAAGUGGCACCUAUUGGGGGUACAUUGCUCAUCGCUGGCUGGGCUGCCAUGGUUCUCUGAACCCUAGCCUAUCAACUUCAGUCUCUGAGCAGGCUCAUAGCCAAUGACAUUGGCUGUUCAAUAUGAAUAGAGGAGAGCAUGACCAGCAGAGAUAUUAGGAUGAAGCUCUGAGGGCGUUGUUAAUGUGUCACUUAUCAACAAUCUCCAUGGUAACGGCUGGGAAGUAAAGAUAACGUAAAGGGA